AUGCCUGCCAUAGCUCUGCUGAUAUCGCUGGCCGCCGUGGCCGCCGGUCUCACCUACUUUCUACUACCUUACUUUCUCCGUUUCAUUGCACAAAACAUCGGCUCGACCAUACGUGCAAGGACGCAGACCAGGAGAGAGCUGUUGCUCAAGAGGGCUGCUGACGACCAAAAGUUGACACCUCCUACAUCCAACAAGGACCGUCUAGCCAAGGAAAGCUACAACGGAAAGCCUGCACACGAGUGGGACGGCAUCAUUGGCUUCUUCCAUCCCUUCUGCAAUGCAGGAGGAGGCGGCGAGCGGGUCCUCUGGGCUGCCAUCCGCGCCACCCAAGAACGCUACCCCAAGGCUCUCUGCGUAGUCUACACAGGCGACCACGACGUUGACAAGGACACCAUCAUCGCAAACGUCAAGAACCGCUUCAACAUUCCCCUCCAUGCCCCUCGUCUCACCUUCCUCUAUCUCAGUACCCGCGACUUCCUCCUCGCUCAACACUGGCCACACUUCACCCUCCUCGGUCAGAGUAUCGGCAGCUUGAUUGUCGGCUGGGAUGCCUUCAAUCUUGUCGUCCCAGACAUCUUCAUCGAUACAAUGGGCUACGCCUUUACCGUUGCCAUGUCCCACUUCCUCUUCCCUGAUGUCCCUACCGGCGCCUAUGUUCACUACCCUACCAUCUCUACCGACAUGCUGGGAAGCUUGGACGCCUCUGGCCGUGGCGUCAACGCUGGUUCAGGAAGUGGUUGGAAGGGAAAAGCCAAAAAGGCAUACUGGCAUCUCUUCGCUCGUCUGUACAGCUGGAUUGGCGGCUCCAUUGACGUCGUCAUGACAAAUUCGACCUGGACACAAAACCACAUCAAAGCCCUCUGGGGUCGCACUCGCCAGAACAGACGCUGGACCCGCGACACCGUUGUCGUUUUCCCACCUACCGCUGUCGAAGAAUUAGAACAGGAAGUCGAGGUAUCCGAGGAGUCAGAAAAGAGCAGGAGAAAGGACAUACUCUACAUUGCACAGUUCCGCCCCGAAAAGGACCACCAAAACAUCAUCAUGGCAUUCGCAGAGUUCCUGCGCCGUCGCAACACCGAAAAAAAGGACACCCCGAGAUUAGUGCUCGUGGGCUCAGUGCGCGACGAAAAAGACAAGAUGCUGGUGUACAAGCUGCGUGUGCUGGCGCGCGAACAGCACAUUGCCGACCACGUCGACUUUGUCAUCGAUGCAAAGUGGUCGCAGAUCCUGGAUCGCUUGAGGACCAGUUGGGUUGGCGUCAACGGCAUGUGGAACGAACACUUUGGUAUCGGUGUCGUCGAGUAUCAAGCUGCUGGCCUGAUUUCUGUGGUCGACGAUAGCGGCGGCCCCAAAUACGACAUUGUGGUCCCCAUCGAUGGAAAGCCCACCGGUUUCCACGCAAAAUCGCCCACAGAGUUCGCAGAUGGCUUUGCCAAAGCGCUUGGUCAAUCACCGUCAGAGACACUGGCUAUGCGCAAAAGAGCCAGAAAGAGCGCGAAACGCUUCUCUGAAGAAGUGUUCUGCGAUAGCUGGAACGCACAGAUAGAUAGACUUGUACACUUGCGCGUUACGCCUCAAGGACAGCGUCAGAAGUUGAGGCUGGGAUAG